AUGCGUUUCGCUUUCGCCGCAGUCGCCGCGCUCUGCGCAGCAGUUGUUUCCGCACAGAACAAUGCCAUCAAUGUUCCUGCUGGCGCUGCCACGCUGGAUGUGACGGCAGGCCAACCCCUGACGAUUGAAUGGACCAACCCGUCGAGCGGCACCGUCACCAUCAAGCUGCAGCAGGAUCCCGUCACUCCUGACUCUGGCUUCGUGCUAGUUUCCGGCAUUCCCGCCUCUGCUGGAACAGCGACCGUUCAGAUCCCUCCUCCUGAAGACGUCAACUCCCACGUAUACACGAUUGAAAUCAUCGACGACACAGACCCUACCAACAUCAACUUCUCUCCCAACUUUGGCAUCCAAGGCGCGACCGGGACAGCCACUGGCGUCGCGACCGGCUCUGCUACCUCCACCGACUCUGCCACGGCGACAGGAACCAGCACAGACAGCUCUGCCACAAGCAGCGGCACUUCCACAGAUACCUCGACGAUCACUUCCACAGACAGCUCGAGCAGCUCUGCCACGAGUUCUUCGUCGAGCGACAGUGAAACUUCGGCAAGCACUACAAGCUCCCAGUCCAGGUCAUCCACUUCAUCCGCCACCGCAACUGAGACCACGACCGCUCCAGACCCUAACAGCGGUGCCGGUAGCCUCAAGCUCCAAGGUGGUGUCCUCGCCAUGGCCAUCGGGCUCAUCGCAGUCAUGUGA